AUGAAGUUCUUCAUCCCCACUGUUCUCCUCGCUGCCACUGCCAUGGCCCUGCCAUCCGCCAACAGCAACGUCUCUGACAACAAGGUGAAGGAUGCCGUCAACAAGUGUGGAAACGAAGCCAAGAUGUCUUGCUGCAACAAGAUCAACAAGAACGAGGGUGUUAGCCAGAACAACAUUGGAGUCUUGUCCAACGUUCUCGGUGCCAUUGGCAGCGACGGCCUCGGUAUCGGCCAGGGCUGCACUCAGCUUGAUAUCCCCGUGUCUGUUCUUGGUGCUGCCGGUCUGACCGACUUCCUCAAGAAGAACUGCCAGCAGAACAUUGCUUGUUGCCAGGACACCAGCUCCGAGGCUAACCACAACCUCGUUGGCGUUGCUCUCCCCUGUGUCAGCUUCGGCAGCAUUCUGUAA